CCACAGACAGGCCUGACGUCAUUGGUAGGUGGAUGUGAACUUCCUAGUUUUGGAUUUACUUUAUGAUAUCAACAGAGUUCAGCCAACGCGACGUGUAUCUGGAAAACCCGGGUCUGCUCUCGGUUCCGGUGAAAAACGCCACACUCUCCCGCCAUUGCUUUCUCCUCUCAGUCCGCGCGGACAGUUUCCGGUUGUUAAAAUGACUUUUUACAGACUUCUCUCGGCGGCUCUUGUACCGAUCUGUUGGCUGUUCGUGUCCGCGGCGGAGGAUGUGACUUCAGCGGCCCCUGGCAGCACCGCGGCGAUCCAACCCGCCGUGACGAACUCCAGCGGGCUGAACUCCACACACAGCGGCGGCGGGAAGGGUAUCGGAGGGCUGUCUAACGGGUUCGAUGUGGACAGCUCGAUGAUCCAGAGGGCCCUGUACGUCCUCAUCGGCAUCACCAUGAUCGGAGUUCUCUACUUCCUGAUCCGAGCCGUGAGGCUGAAGCGACCCACCUACAAGAAGAAGUACGGCCUGCUGUCCAACUACGACGACUCCGUGGAGAUGGAUGCGGUGGAAAGCGAUGAGGACGAGACGCUUUACGAAGCUCGCAGCCUCCGCAGAUGAGUCCCGUCGGAGCUGUCAUGUCGUCACCUGACGGAUCAGACGUGAUCACAUGGUAUUGAUUAUGGAUCAGAGAGAGAGACUGCUGGAGGAGGAAGAGACGGACCAAACAGUUAUUGAAGAUUAACGCCAAAGCUGCUCGACGAACCCGAGCGGGAUAAUUAUUAUUUUUUUAAGGUGGUAUUGGUUAGUUUGUGUUGAUAUAAUCACCUUCUGUUUAUUAUUAUUUCUAAGAACGUUCUUGUGUCUUGAGUUUUCUGCUCUGACUGUGCUUAAACUACUGCAGACUGACUCCAGACCAGCUGAGACACUUUGAGGUUUCACUUUCACUUUCUGCCGUCUGAUGGCGGCGGCGUGUUCAAGUUUAAACGCUGUGUUAAAGGACGAUUCCGCUCUACUGAUGUGACUCUCCACCUGAGACUCAGUGAAAUUAGAACGUAGUUCACAAUAAACCUGAGUCAUCUCAAACACUCUGAGUCUGUGACACAAAGUAAACACUGAGAGCAGCCGUGUGAUUGGCUCACUGCAGACGUCCAGGUCGACUUUGUUUACCUGUGUGAGGCUGUCAGUGUGUGUCUUUGGCUGUUUGCAAACGAGUGCCUGAAACUUCCUGAUGUGCAGGAAUGAAGCUGCACAGUAACAGCUGUGUGACGACUCCUCGCUCUCCACGCUCACUCUGAGAUGUCUUUUUUAUUUUGGGGUAUUUUUUUAAACUGAAUAAUCCAACACAGCCGAAACUUUCCUCUGAGGUGAUAUCAGAUCGCAGUGACAGUUCACACGGUCAUACAACCCCUGGAAAAGUUAUCAAACUACAAAAACUGUUUUUCAGGCUUUGAAUGAACGAUAUGUUUAGAAAAGUGCUGAUCACACGUUGUUUUGGCUGUUGUUUAAGAAAAGUUCACAAAGAGCCAAAGACAUGUCAGACGUUACGUGAAAUGUCUUCCUCGUGUUAUUAAUUAGAAAUCUGUGACUGUUGAAACAUCGCUUGUAUCACAUGAAACACAAACCAGAGCAAGGGUCUCGAUCACUGCACGAGCAGCGUGUGAUGCUACCUCGCUGCAGCUCGCACGUGUGUCACAAAGACGGCGUUGCUGCUGUAACGACUGUAUUUACACAGUUAAAAGCCGAUCCCCUAAAAACUCACUGCACCGUGCAGCCGCUGCAUCGACAACAUCACGACUCUGCAAAUAUUUCACAAUUAAAAGCGUGGUGUUGACAGAUGAAGGGAUCCUGUCACAGAUACACUGUCUGAAGGCUUUUAUUUUGAAACAGGAAGGGCUGAGUUAAUAAGAAAUAUUUUUAUUUUUUCAUAUCUGUGACAGAUAGACGUUUAAACUGCGGUGAAAGGUGGCGUGACGUUAAUAGACCAGCUCUGAGUGGACGUCACAGUUACGUCACAGCAGUGGCGUGCGCCUCCUGGUGGCAGAAAAACAGCCGACAUCAGAGAGAAGCAAGACAGACCCAGAAUAAAGAUGUCUUGUGGUGUCGUUGGAUGUCAGAAUAGGAACACAGUUUAAGAUAACCUUCAUUUUAUGGAAAACCGUCUCUGAGGACGCCGUAGUAGAAGAUAAAAUUUCGUCUUUGGUUAAUUCUAAUGUGUAUAUUCAGGCUGUAAUGGCUGCUGGACGCUCAGCAGAAGAGUGUGUGUUUGGAUUACAUGAACUGAAUCACUGAUGUGCUGAAAGAUAAUUCAUCAUCAUUGGAACUGUAAAAACUCACAUCUGUCAAACAUGGAUUUGUCUCAUUGUCCCUGGUUCAAACUUGAGUAGACGUCCACACAGAAUAUCAUUUAAUGUGGAAGCAACAUCAGACACCUUUGUAGCUAGCUAGCUAACGCUGUCUGUUCAUGAACUCCUGGAUCAGAACAGAAUAUAGAAACUGCUCAUUUUAGAAAGGACACCACAAGAAAACAUGUUCUUUGUUGAAAUUAAUAAACAGACACUAGGUCAUUGUUUGUUUCUGUCAGCGAUCAGCCAUAGGUAGCAUGCUAGCUACGUUAGCUACAUGGCUAAUGUUAGCGAGCCCUUCACUUUCCGUGCCUGGAUGCAGAUGAACCGAUCUAAAUGCACAUUAAGGGUUUUCUUGUGGUGUCCUUUCUAAAGUGAGCAGUGGUGACAGUUAAUGUACUUUGUUAUGAUCCAGGAGUUAAUAAACAGACAGCGUUAGCUAGCUAGCAUGCUAGCACGUUGAUAAGAUGGACGUCCACAUUAAAUUAAAUUAUAUGUGGACGUCUCCACAACUAUUAAUUAAGGAUAAUAAGACAAAUCCAUGUUUGACAAAUGUGAGUUUUUUUCAAUUCUUAUGAUGAUUUAUCACCAUGUAAAUAAUAAAUGAUCCAAACACACACUCCUCUACUGAGCAUCCAGCAGCUAUUACAGUCUGAAUAUCCAGAUUAUAAUUAACUGCAGACAAAACUUCAUUUCCACUACACGUAGAUCAUAAACUCGUGGAUCGAAAAAUGACUCAUUGCAAUCGGUUGAGAAAUAUAAACGUGACAGUGAUUUUUAUGUUUUAUUUGGCGCUAAUGCCGACACCACUACUGUCACUUUCUGCCGCCAGUUUGGCUCCGCCCACAAAACACAUUUACAAACACAAAAAGAAUCUUUCAUCAAAAAAAAAACACUUUCAAUUGUUUUUGCUGAAAACCGCACGCAGAAAAAUAAAACAGGCGGGGCUCCCACAGAGCGCUGCAGGAUGUACUUCUCUGUUGGCCAGCCCUGAAGUCAGCGUCGCCCUGGUUCCCUGGUCAGAAAGUAAACAGGAUUUUUUUUGUUUGAUUUUGGAUUAUUACAGAAAAUAAACGUUUCUGAUUCUUCAGGUUUUGUCCAGUGAGAUAAUCUUCACUGACGAACACCACUUUAUGAUUAUUGAAGAAUAAAUUAAAUCAACAGAGGUAAAACGCUAACGUAAGGCUGUAAACUAACUACAUCACGGUCACAUGACUUUAACAUCGCCACCACAGUGAGGCUGUAAAGUCGUGUUCAGCGUGACGACGUUCUGUCAUCUCAUUUAGACUCUUGUUAGAGACACAUAAAAGCUUCAGAGUUCACACUGGGUAUUUACUGACAAAGAACAAAAUGUGAAAGUCUCUCAGCUUGUGUUAUUUCACACACUGAACCAAAAACACUGACCUCAAGACCAGGGAACAGGAAGCGCUAACAUGCUAACAUGCAAACUCAUUUCUGGGUUUUAAGAAUCAUACCCGGGGCACUCUCUUCUCUACACCAGUGAUUCCUAACUGCUCCACAUUUCUCAGUCAUCAGUUUAGCCUCCGCACACUUUAAGACAUGCUGCGUCAUACCUGCCUUUGCCUAGUUUGCCGUCUUCAAAAUAAAAGCUGUGCCAAAAAUUCACUGUACUUCAAAAUAAAGUGUUUUUUUUUGUUUUUUUUACAAACUUGACACAUUCGCGAGUCACUUGCUGUCCACUCAGAACGGACCCACGACCCACCAGCUGGGAACCACUCAGCUCACGCUCAGCAGCAUCUGAGAAGCACUGCUCACACAGGCAGUGUGGCUGAUCUAACCUCUUAACAUGGACGCCAAAAAACAAACAAACAACAACACACGCCUGAGGCAGGCAGUGUGUCACAGGCGUCAUCUACACGUAAAUAAACCAGUUUAUUUUGUGUUGAACAAACAACAAAGUGUUUGAAAUGAUUUGAGUCAAAGUUACGUUCAUGUAAAACCCAUCAGGCUGAUGUAAAGAAGAGUUUUCCUUUAAGUUGGUCUUAACUAAAAUCCCGAUGAUGACGAUGAUAUGAUGUAAGAUGUACGGGGGGGGGGCUCUUCAUGAGGUGGACGGAUGAGCUCACUGACUUUACGAUAAAUCGUUUCCUCAGAACUGAAGUUUCUCAGAAACAACUUUUAGUGACCAAUAAUGAGAAGAUCGUCAGUUUAAAGCCAAAUAAAUACGAAUUCUUUGUUUAUUUAUGAUUUGAAUCUUUUUCUCCACCUGUUGUUUUUCUGCCUGCAGACGACUCGUGUUUCAUAUUCAGCUGCUUUUCAGCAACUAAAACUCUCAGGUCACAUUUCAGUUUCACGUUUCUCAUAUUUCCAGGAGAAUUCUUGGAACUUAUGAAAUAAACAUUUUAACAUGUUUCAGCAUCUUUGAUAUUUUCCACAGCUUUAAACUGAAGGUAAAUGAAGUGCCCGUAUUUCUCUCUGCUGCUGUUUCCUGUCAGAAAAUGCCAAAGUUUCACUUUUACUAAAAACAUUAAAGUGUUUUUAAAAUCUCUCCAUGUUUCUGUCUGCGCUGAAAUUAAAUCUCAAACUGUUUGGUUUGCA